AUGCCUGAUUUGCAUCUCCAGAGGAUGGUGUAAGGACGUGCUUGGCCCUGGUUCCAGCAUGCAGAAUGCCAUGAGACUGGCACUGCAUGACUGGCUGUGCUUUGGCCUUUGCCUCCUCACAUUCCUGAUGGCCUGGGCUGCCCUGUGUUGUUGGUUCAGCUUCUCCAAAAAAUGCCACCAGCAGGUCUCGGUCAGGUGCCAGCACAGGGCAAGGUGCAUGAAUACACAAGAAUCAGCUGGCGAGGUGCACACAGACCUACCUGAGCUUGGUCUGCUUUACCUGGAUGGCAGGCCACUGGGCCAGUUCUUGUGUUAUAACCCUGACUGUGAGUGCUGCAGCCAGGCCGUCAGGAAGAGGCAGUUGUGGCAUCAAGCCAGAUGGGCCAGAAUGAGGGCCUCCCACCAUCAGCACUCCUUUUCAUCUUCAAACUACAGCACCUCCUGCAGGGAUGUGAACACAGACAGCUCAUCCCAUUCCCCAGCCAGGAGGAAUGUGGCUACCCAAAUUAACCUACCCUGUGUUGAACUCUUGUGCCAGCCAGAGCUGAAGUUCAGAAAAAAGAGGAAACUCCAUCUCAAGCACACAGUGAUACACCAAAAAUUGCUGGCAAUCCAGGGAUCAGCUGACACAAUCACCUUCAAUCCUGGACUUCUCAGCCAGGCCAACCAGCUUACUGAGACAGAGACCGUGCAGCCAAUGAAAGAUGUUUGCCACAAGAUUGGAUCAUUCCCUACCAUGGUUCCCACUUCUAAUAAGGAUGGCAAUUUGCCCACUGGCGUGGAUUCUCAUCGUGUGUCAAGGCUAGAACAAGGACUGGACUUCUGGAAGCUCCUGAAGAUGCAUACGCUGAGGAAGUCUAUAGAGACCAAGCUGAGAGCCUUCCCCACCAUUGUGCAGCAAUCACACAGGAUGUACACUCAUAGGAUAGCAGUAUACACAGCUCUAACACCACGCCAGUCCAACGUUGCCCCCAGCUACUUCUGUUCAGUGGAGGCUCUGUUCCUGGAGGAAGAGGUGCAGGAGGCCCUGGAGCUCCACAUCCGUGAAAAGAAACUGCACCACCAGUGGGGCUUGCCUGGGAAGUUGCUGACAACACCUCAGGCACAGCCAACAUCCCCAUGACUGCAGUAUGCAGCACACCACAUCCAUUACCAUUCUCAGCAUCUGGGCAUGGGCACCAGGUAAGAUGUCAGCUGGAAAAAAAGUCCUGCUGCCUGCACUGCGAAGGUAGAGGCCUCCCCAGUGAAAAAGUCCCCCUGAUUUUUCCUAUUCCUAUUAAAAACAUCAAAGCCA